GAGAGGGAACGUGGCCUCCUCGUCGUCUCCAUCUUCGUCUUCCUCCCGUGUACGGCGCGCAUCUCCCCUCCGAUCGAAACAGAGCCGUCCAUUUCCGACGAUGGGGAGAUCCUACCCGUCCGUGAGCGAGGAGUACCAGAAGGCGGUGGAGAAGUGCAAGAGGAAGCUCCGCGGCUUCAUCGCCGAGAAGAACUGCGCCCCUCUGAUCCUCCGCCUCGCGUGGCACUCGGCGGGGACUUACGACGUUAACACGAAGACGGGGGGUCCGUUCGGGACGAUAAGGCACCCUGCUGAGCUGGCUCACGGCGCCAAUAACGGACUCGACAUCGCCGUUAGGCUCCUGGAGCCGAUCAAGGAGCAGUUCCCCGUCCUCUCCUACGCCGAUUUUUAUCAGCUCGCCGGAGUUGUCGCCGUGGAAGUCACCGGAGGACCGGAGAUCCCUUUCCACCCUGGAAGGGAGGACAAGACCGAGCCCCCGGAGGAGGGCCGCCUCCCUGAUGCCACCAAGGGUUCUGACCAUCUCAGGGAUGUUUUCGGUCACAUGGGUCUGAGUGAUCAGGACAUUGUUGCACUCUCUGGUGGACACACGCUGGGAAGGUGCCACAAGGAGCGUUCCGGUUUCGAGGGAGCUUGGACGCCGAAUCCUCUCAUCUUUGACAAUUCAUACUUCAAAGAGCUUCUGAGUGGAGAGAAAGAGGGUCUUCUUCAGCUGCCAUCUGACACGGCUCUCUUAACCGAUCCCGUUUUCCGCCCUCUGGUGGAGAAAUAUGCCGCGGACGAGGAUGCUUUCUUUGCCGACUAUGCCGAGGCUCACCUGAAGCUCUCUGAACUUGGAUUCGCCGAUGCGUAAAGGAACGAAUGUGUGGUCGGGCGCUACGAACAACAGUGGGGCAAGUUUUGAGAUAUGUUGUUCUCCAAUAAGCAGUUAUGGGUUGUAUGUUGCACUUUUUUGCGAUUAUAUGCAUCCAUGAUGGUUUGCAAUGUGACAGCCUAUUGGGUAUUGUUGAAGUCUUUUAAAUUUACAAUGUUGUGGACGUAUGUUUUUCAUUCCAGCUAUCAAAGUGCCCAACCUGGCGCUUAUGGUAUUGAGUCUUUAUGCCUGAGCGUAGCUUUUGUGGUUAUA